AUAUUUGGUUUUGGAUUCCAAAACAUAGAAUUGAAAACGUUACAUAUUGCAUGGUUUUUCAUUCAUUUUUUUCUAUUUACAAAUUUUUUUUAAUGCACAUCCACAUAAAGAAAACAAAUCUGGCUUACAAAGAGAGAUGGAAUCCAAUUUUCAGAGGAAAAAAAACACACACACACACACGCUCUCCCAUAGACAAAGCAAAGCAUAUUUUGGUCUAUCAAGACAUUUACAUAACAACGAAAACCUAGUGGAACCACUUCAUUAAUGAGCCAUGAAAACAGUAGAUUUCUUCUUCUCCUUUUCCUCUUUCAAAUGGGCCAACAUGGUUGUAAUGGUCGUUGCUGUUUUUAUAAAUUUCGUAUCUGGUAUAUAUAUAUAUAAUAUUUUUCAUGGAGCUUCUGUUUCAUGCUUUAUUAAAACUUUGGGGUUAUAUUGUUAUUUGUCGAAUUCGUUUACGUUUUACGUGAUAUAUGAUUUUUGUAAUUUUCCGUUUAUUGGUACAGGAGUGGAAGCAAGCAUCGGCGUGAAUUACGGCACAUUAGCAAACAACCUCCAGCCGCCGAGGCAAGUGGCGGAGUUCCUCCUCCGGUCCACCGUCAUCAACCGUGUUCGCCUCUUCGAUACCGAUCCCCAAAUCCUCCGAUCAUUCUCCGGCACCGGCAUCGCCACCUCCGUCACCGUCCCCAAUGACCUUAUCCCCAACCUCACCAACCUCUCCUUCGCUCAGCAAUGGCUCUCCCUCUCCAUCCAACCCUUCUUCCCCUCCACCAACAUCGUCCGCAUCCUCGUCGGUAACGAGGUCUUGUCCACGGGAAACCGCCUCCUCAUCGGAAACCUCGUCCCGGCUAUGCAGUCCCUCCAUACUGCCCUCGCCUCCGUCUCCCUCCACCGCCGCAUACAGAUCUCCACCCCUCACUCCCUCGGGAUUCUCUCCAAUUCCUCUCCUCCUUCCUCCGGCAAGUUCCGACAAGGCUACGACACUCACGUACUCAAGCCCCUCCUCAGCUUCCUCAAAGCUACGGAUUCGCCGUUCAUGGUGAAUCCCUACCCGUUCUUCGGAUGUUCUUCCGAUACGCUCGAUCUGGCACUGUUUCGGCCGAAUCCGGGAUUAUUCGACGAGGAUUCAAAGCUCUUGUACACGAAUAUGCUCGAUGCGCAGCUUGAUUCCGUGUAUUCCGCGCUGGAUCGCCUAGGGUUUCCAGACGUCGAGAUCGUGAUCGGCGAGACCGGCUGGCCAUCGGCAGGCGACGACGGUCAGAUCGGAGCUGAUCCGGAGACGGCCGCCGAAUACAACAAGAACCUUCUAGCGCGUGUGAAUUCCGGCGUGGGGACGCCGUUAAUGCCGAAUCGGACGUUCGAGACCUACAUCUUCGCGCUCUUCAACGAAGAUCUGAAAUCGGGACCAACGUGCGAGCGUAAUUUUGGGCUGUUCAGACCGGAUAUGACGCCGGUUUACGACAUUGGGAUUCUCCGGCCAACGGCACCCCCGCCGCAGCCCCCGCCGCCUCCGGCGAUGAUCACCGUCGUGUUUUAUACUGUUUGUUAUCAGUCGCAGUUGGCCUUCUAUUCAUUCCUUAUUUACACGGCUAGGUCAUCGAAUCCGAAUGACAGCCCUUGGAAUUCGCCGCCGCCGUCAGAGUCGACCGGAAAACGGUGGUGCGUCGCGAAAUCGGAAGCUGAACCGGCGGAUAUACAAAGGAACAUCGACUACGUAUGUGGGUUGGGCCUAGACUGUAGGCCCAGUAAAGAAAAUGGGCCGUGCUUUGAUCCGGAUGUGGUCCAAGCCCAUUCUGCUUACGCCAUGAAUUUGUUCUACCACACCAUGGGGAAGCACGAUUUCGACUGCGAUUUUACCAAACCGGGGUUAUAACUUAUAACCGACGUCAACCUUGGUUAUGGAGAAUGCCAUUAUCAAGGUUGAUUGGGGAAUUUUAGGACCCGAAUGAUGAGUGCCGUGUUGGUCGUGUUAUCUCAUAUCUUCAUUUUUUGCUUACGAUUAUUUUUUCAAUUUCACAUCAAAAUUUUUCUACCUCAACAAC